AUGGGAUUUAUGAAAAGUGCCAUCUCUAUAUCUGAGGAUGAAACUUGGAAGAGAAUACGAACAUUGCUAUCUCCAACCUUCACCAGUGGAAAGCUCAAGGAGAUGUUCCCCAUCAUUGGCCAGUAUGCAGAUGGGUUGGUCAGCAACCUGAGGAAGGAAGCAGAGAAAGGCAAGCCCAUCCCCUUGAAAGAUGUGUUUGGGGCCUACAGCAUGGAUGUGAUUACUGGCACAUCAUUUGGAGUGAACAUCGACUCCCUGAACAACCCACAAGAUCCCUUCGUGGAAAAUAUCAAGAAGCUCUUAAAAUUUAAUUUACUUGACCCAUUCAUUUUCUGCCUAACACUCUUUCCAUUCCUUGGCCCAGUUUUUGAAGCAUUUAAUAUUUUUAUAUUCCCAAAAAGUGUGACUGAUUUUUUCAAAAAAUCUGUAAAAAGAAUGAAAGAAAAUCGCCUCCAAGAUAAACAAAAGCACCGAGUGGAUUUACUUCAGCUGAUGAUUAACUCUCAGAAUUCCAAAGAAACAGACUCCCAUAAAGCUCUGAGUGAUCUGGAGCUUGUUGCCCAGUCUAUUAUCUUUCUGUUUGCCGGCUAUGAGACCACUAGCAGUUCUCUUUCUUUCCUUAUGUAUUUGCUGGCCACUCACCCCGAUGUGCAGCAGAAAUUGCACAAGGAGAUUGAUGCAACGUUUCCCAAUAAGGCAAUUCCCACCUAUGAUGCCCUGGCACAGAUGGAGUAUCUUGACAUGGUGAUGAAUGAAUCCCUCAGAUUAUUCCCAAUUGCUGGUAGACUUGAGAGGGUCUGUAAGAAGGAUGUGGAAAUCAAUGGGGUGUUCAUUCCCAAAGGGACAGUCGUGAUGGUGCCAAGCUUUGUUCUUCACCUCGACCCGACGUACUGGACAGAGCCUGAGGAGUUCCGUCCUGAAAGGUUUAGCAAGGAGAACAAGGACAGCAUAAAUCCUUACAUAUACACACCCUUUGGAAGUGGACCCAGAAACUGCAUCGGCAUGAGGUUCGCUCUCAUGAACAUGAAAAUUGCUCUCGUCAGAGUUCUGCAGAACUUCUCCUUCAAACCUUGCAAAGAAACACAGAUUCCUGUGGAACUAGAUUUUCAAGGAAUUAUUCAACCAAAAAACCCCAUUAUUUUAAAGGCUGAGUUGAGAGAUGGGACUGUAAGUGGAGCCUGACUUUCCCUAUGAACUUACACUUUGUUCUUCAAGGAAGUUGUAUCCCCUGACACCAGAAAUCUCAGUGUACUUUGUGAAUAAAAAAAACAGAAAUGAAGAUGGGCUUAACCUACUGCACUUGAUGGAUGACUAGGGAGUCUGUACAUUCACUUAUCUUCUCAGUGUCUAUACAGAGUAUUACCUAUUGUGUAAUAUAAGAGAGGUGACUAAAUAAGUAGACCGAGUUUAUUGGGUUCUUAUAAUACUAUCUCCAUCUAUUCCCACUUAGUAUCAUCUACUUACUUAGUACUAAUCAUGAAUACAAAUUUCUCUAUAAUUUUCUCAACAAACCUUAAUGAAAACAAGAAUCAUUAUGGAAAUGGCAAU